AUGAUAAUAAAUUGUCGUUAUCAAAGAUGCCAUCGAUUAACGGGUUUUUUACUUGCUGCUUCAACGGCUAUAUUUCUUGCUUCCACCAUUGCUUUGGCGAUACUUCUGAGGAUGAAAUACGCUGAAAAACCAAUAGCAACAGAUAAAAUAAUUCAAUGCAACGAUUCAACAACGCCACCAACAAGUAGAAAAUCAGAAAAUCCGUUAAAAUGGCCAGAGCCAAGUAAAAGUUUCCAUGGACGUUAUAAACGAGCCGCUAUUGCAACUGAUAAUGGCAUAUGUAGUGGAAUUGGAAGAGAUGUAUUUAUGCUUGGUGGUAAUGCAAUAGAUGCAACCGUAGCAGCAUUAGUAUGUAUUGGUGUUGUAAAUCCUCAAAGUUCCGGUUUAGGUGGUGGAUUUCUGAUGACCAUAUACAAUAGUUCUUCAAAUAAAUGUAUAGUUGUUAAUGCACGUGAAACUGCGCCAGCAACAUCAAAUGAAACAAUGUUCGAAGAUUCACCAGAAGCGAUUUUAAAAGGAUAUCGUUCUAUUGCAACACCAUCCGAAUUACACGGAUUAUGGACGGUAUUUUCAAGUUUUGGAAGUGGUAAAAUAUCUUGGUCUAGACUAUUUCAACCAUCCAUUGAAUUAGCAUUGAAAGGAUUUCCAAUUUCGGCAGCUUUAGCAGAUGAACUUGCUAAAGCAGAAGAGGUCAUAUUGGCUGAACCAUCAUUGAAGAAAGUAUUUGUAAAUCCGGAAACUAAAAAGGUAUACAAAGAAGGUGAUAUCAUUACGAGAGAUCAUUUGGGUGCCACAUUACAACAUAUUGCAAAUAGUUCUGAUCCAUUGCAACUAUUUUAUCGUGGUGGCAUCGCACAAACGAUUGCUGCUGAAAUCGAAGAACAUGGUGGUCAUAUAUCUGCAGAUGAUUUAAGUAAUUACAAAACAAAAUUAAAUGAAAUUCCAAUCAUAACUGAACAAUUCUUGGAUAAUUAUGCUAUGUGUGGACCACCACCACCAAGUUCAUCCGCUGUUACUCAAAGUAUUAUAUUAACUAUAGCUGAAUUUUACGAUGGGAAGAGUGAGUUUAAUAGAGAUGAUGCAUUAUUUUAUCAUCGCUUAAUAGAAGCAGAAAAGUUUGCUUAUGCUCAAAGGACAAAACUUGGUGAUGCAGAAUUUGUGACAGAUGCUCAACAAAUUGCUGAAAAAAUAAUUGGAAGUUCUUAUCUGAAACAUAUCAAAUCUCUUAUUAAAAAUACAGCGCUAUCACUGGAUGCAUAUAAAACUGAGUUGUUUCAACAACCUAAAGAUCACGGCACAUCACAUGUAUCAGCAAUCGAUCGUAAUAAUAAUAUUGCGGUAUCAUGCACGAGUACCAUUAAUACUAUAUUGGGUUCAAUGCGUAUUUCACCAACACUUGGAAUUGUUUGGAAUAAUGAAAUGGAUGAUUUCUCAAUUCCGGGACAACCGAAUGCCUUUGGAUAUGCACCAUCACCGACAAAUUAUAUUAAACCCGGAAAAAGGCCAUUAAGCAGCAUGUCACCUUUGGUUAUUUACAAUAAAAAUACACGAAGGAUAAGAAUGGUUGUUGGUGCAUCCGGUGGUUCAUAUAUUAUUUCAGCAAUAGCACAAACUGUUAUACGAAAUAUUAUUCUUAAUCAGACAAUUAAGGAAGCCGUUGAUUCGCCACGUUUUCAUAAUCAAUUUUUGCCUCAUACAACUUUAUACGAAUCAUCCGUACCUAAAGAAAUUAUAAGCAAUUUGAUCAAUGAACGAAAACAAAAUAUGACAGCAAUUGCUAAAAUAAAAAGUGUCGUACAAGCACUUGCAAUAGACGCGGAUGAUUACAUUUAUGGAAAUAGUGAUUUCCGGCGGGAAACAGGAAGUUAUCCAGCCGGAUUUUAG